AUCCAUGUGAGUUUUUCACUGGUUGUGUUGCAAUCUCGGUAGAACUGUAUUUAGGACAUGUAUUUGUGUUAUAUGAGUUGUUGAAGCAGGACGUGAAAGUGAUUCUUGAUUCUAGAGAGCAUGGAAACAUCAGUAGAUCAGAGAGGGGAUGAAGUCCCAUACACCAAGAGUAACCCACUGUUUGACAUGUCAAUCAGCAAGACUGAUCUCUUCAGCUUCCAGUCUGACGAUGUGAAGCCGAUAAAGCCCAAAAGACGCUGGUGUUUUAAUGUGAUUGUUGUUUUCAUCAUCUUGCAGUCUGCCCUUAAUGCCUUUCUCAUUUAUAAAGUUAUCACGUUGGGCACUGAACAAGGUCAGUUUUUCAGGCUGCAGUCUGACUUACACCUGCUUAAUACCAGCACACACAAACUGGAAGGACCUCCUGGUAUUCCCGGUACAGAUGGGCUGAGAGGUGAACCAGGAGAGAGGGGUUUUAAAGGUGACACUGGUGUUGCUGGCUCUCUAGGACCAAAGGGUGAAAUGGGUCUCAAAGGAGAACCUGGGGAGCAAGGAGUUGCUGGUGAAGUUGGUCCAAGGGGUUUACCAGGGCUUCAAGGGGCCCCUGCGAAUCAAGGACUUGGUGCAAAGGGAGAGAAGGGAGAACCCGGGGGUCAAGGUUUAGGUGGGCCCCCUGGUUUCAAUGGAACUGAAGGUAGUCUUGGACCACAAGGUCCAAAAGGAAACAAGGGAGACCAAGGACGUUCACCAGAGUUGACAGUGCGUCUUGUACCGGGGAGAGCCCAAGGACGUGUUGAGGUAAAGUACAAUGGCGUUUGGGGCACUGUGUGUGAUGACGGCUUUGAUACUGUGGAUGGCAAAGUGAUCUGUAAGAUGCUGGGCUUCCGAACUGCCAUGUCGACCUUCACAGCCAGCCCAGGGUCUGGUAGGAUCUGGCUGGAUGACCUCAAAUGUUUAGGAACAGAGUCUGACAUCUUUAGCUGCGUGCAUGGAGAGGUUGGGGUAAACAACUGCCAACACAAUGAGGACGCUGGAGUGUACUGUCUAAACUGACACACAUAUGACCAACAAGAAACGUUUUAACUGUUGAACACAGUUUGAUAAGCAUGCACUGAUAAGUUAACUCGCAGAGAUGAAAAACACACAUAUACAUGCACACGUCAUAUAUACGGCUCACUGAAGAUAUAAGUAGACAGUGCCAAUACUAAUGAUGUUUACAGCAGGAUCAUUACAUAUUGAUGUUGAUGAAACAUAGCAAAACAUUGAUUUCAGUUCAAAGUUCACUUUAUUACUAAAGCCAUUGGCCUAAAUGUAUGUUUUGUAUACACACAAGUAUGCUAAUAAAAUUCUACUUAAUAAAAUUCCUACUCAUCAUUUCU